AUGGUCUUCACCGCAACAAGACAUAUUCCAAUUCCAACCAAGGAUAUCCCGUCCUGGAUAUUUGAUGAGCCUCGGUAUGAUGAAGAUGAAGCAAUGUACAUUGACGCGAAAGAUCCAUCGAGGUCUAUUUCCUUAAGACAAGCUCGAACCAUCAUCCGAAAGCUUAUAGCCGGGCUACAAGCCUCAGGGCUGUCUAAAGGGGACUGUAUAUACUACUCCAUGUUAUUCCUAGGAAUCAUCGCCGCCGGAGGCGUUUUCACCGGAACAAACCCGUCCUAUACCAAAUUCGAGCUCGGUCAUCAUAUCAAAACCUCAAAAGCCAAAUUCUUGAUCUCUGAGCCGGAAAUCCUUCCAAGUGCAUUGGAAGCAACCAAAGCACUCGGGAUGCCAGAAUCUAAUAUAUGGAUAUUUGAUGUGGUGAGAGGCAGUUCCUUACCUACUGGCUUUAGAUCCUGGAACGACCUGAUGUCGCAUGGUGAGAAAGACUGGCCGAGAUUCGAUGAUGAGAAAACUUGCAAAGAAACCACCGCCGCAUUGCUUUUUUCGAGUGGCACAACGGGUCCUCCCAAGGCAGCAGUGCUGAGCCAUCAUAACAUAAUUGCUCAACAUACCCUCGCGAUAGGAUUAAACGAGAAGCCAUACAGACCAAAUCGUAUUCUUUGUCUCCCAAUGUUCCAUGCAGCGUGUGUUCCUGUCGCCCAUACAAGCGUACUAAAAGGCGGCCACAAAUCCGUUGUUAUGCGGCGUUUUGAUCUCGAAGAGUUCCUCUCAUGCAUUGAGAAGUUCGAGAUAAAUGAGAUGGGAAUCGUUCCCCCCAUCGCAGUCGGCCUCAUUAUGUCGCCCCUCACCAAAAAGUAUUCGCUCAAGAGCAUUAGAGCGGCAUCAAUUGGCGCUGCUCCGUUAGGACGAGAGUCUCAAGACAGACUAAAACAAUUGUUACCCAAAGGUGCCCCUGUUACGCAGGUCUGGGGAAUGACCGAGACGAGCUGUAUAGCCUCCAUGUUCUACUACCCCGAAGACGACGUGACCGGAAGCGUAGGACGUAUUGUGCCCAAUUGCGAUGUCAAAAUCAUCGACGAGAAUGGAAAGGACGUUACAGGCUAUGACACACGAGGGCAACUCUGCAUCCGCGGCCCCAUCAUCAUAUCGGGCUAUUUCGAGAACCCCAAAGCAAACGCCGAAGCCUUCGACUCUGAAGGAUACUUCAAAACGGGAGAUAUAAUGUACUGUGACAGCAAAACCGGGAAAUUCUACGUCGUCGACCGAGCCAAGGAGUUGAUCAAAGUCCGCGGUUUCCAAGUCGCCCCUCCAGAGAUAGAAUCGGUUCUUCUUUCGCACCCCCACAUCAUUGACGCGGCUGUGAUUGGAGUAAAACAUCUCUCGGACCCAGAGGCUGAGCAUCCGCGCGCUUACGUUGUGAGGAGACCUGGGCAAGAAGGCCAGGCUUUAGAUGAAGAGGUUGUGAAAAAGCAUUGUAGUGAGCGGUUGGCUAAGUACAAGGACCUUACUGGGGGUGUGAGGUUUGUUGAUGUGAUUCCGAAGAAUCCGAGUGGAAAGAUUUUGAAGCGGGUUUUGAGAGAGCAGGUAAAGGCCGAGCAGGAUGCGGAAAAGGCGAGACUGUGA